GUAUGGACUGUUUCGUGUUUCGACAAAACUUGCCCCAACACCAACUUAUUUGACGCACUCUUAUUAAUAGGCUUAGAUAAUAAGUUCUGUUUGAUUGUAGUUUAUUUCGGGUAAUGUCAUCUCUUUCUUUUUUUUGUCUUAUAAAUAUCGUAAUAUUAGUCGCGGAAAUUUCACAUAUCGCUGUGUGAUAUCCUGCUCCCUUGGUCUAGUGUAUAUUUCAGUUGUUAUUGGGUGCUGUCACGUAAAUGUUGACGCCCGAUAAUAUAGAUGGAAUUCAACCAGAACCUUCUGUCUUCUGCCCAGGUUUCCAGACAUUCCCGAAGGCAUGUUCAUCAUUGAAGUUCUCGCAUGGAUAAAAUAAUACAGCGCCUUGUAUCAUGCCGUAUAUGUAUAGUAACAGUAUUAUGUAGGAUGCUAUAUUUUAAAUACAGUACGAGCAUAUAUAAAGUCGUGUGCUUUUGUCCAGAGACUCUAAAUGUGUUCUUUCGUGUUUCUUUUAGUGCUGUUUCCGUAUUCAAAAAUCUCUAUAACAAACCAAUUAUAAACUUAUAAGUGAAACCCAAACUUCUUUGUUCUGCAUCAGUUUUGCUGCACGUGUCAUUGAUUUCAUCUGUUUCCCGUCCGAUGCCAAUCAAGCGGUAACGGCCCGCAGCGCUGGACUGGUCGGCGGUGAGACUUUGAUUUGAGCCGGAUGCUGUGGGAUUGUCCUCCCCCGGCUGCGGUGCCAGUCUUUGCGGCAGGAGGUCAGUGCGUAGCCGAACAGCCCUAUCCGCCCGUCUCCGCCUCCCGCAGCCAGUCCGCCUCAAGUCCCCCGCACUCCCGCAGCCCGUCCGGACAGACAGCCGAAGAUGGCGGAGGAAAAGCGGCCGCUAAUCGACUUAGGUCUUGGAGCUGGAGACCCUGUGUUUCAGUGCUUCUUCCAAGGAGACUUGGCCGUGUUCGCCAUGGCUGUGAGAGCCGUCAGCGGCGGAAGGUGAAAUCUGCCACCACCGGGACAAGUGACUGGUGUAGUCCGUUCAGGAAACAGAAAUGCCAAAGAAAGUGAUGAAGCUGAUGGUGUAACUCUGUUCUUAUGCCUCGCGAGCUCAGGCGGGGGGGCUUCGGAGCCAGGCGGCUGAGCCCAGCGGGAUCGGUGCCACCAGGAGCCCAGGGAGCCGGACAGCCUCGAGAGAAUCCCAGGGCACAGAGCGCUGGAGCAAGAUGUCACACGACGAGCGCCGAUCUGCCACGGAGGGGAAGAGGACCCCGCGGCCGGACGAGAAGCAGCACCAGGAGGUGGUGCUGAGGAGACCACUCGGCCACAGGUUGGAGCAUCAGAAGAGGUGGUCCUGGGGAGCGGGAGGCCCCACAGAAACUGGGGACCGGCGGACCACCUCCCACCUCAAACAGAACGCGAACUCCGGCGGAGGCAGCAAGCGACUGUCCUCGUCCUCCCUGGAGAGAGCCUCAACCCGUGUUCCCAUGACCAGCCGCAGCGGUGACCGGCAGAAAGCGCAGUCCCCCUCUCCCGUCACCGGGGGCAGCGAUGGAACACAGCAGAAAAAAGAGAAAGAGAAGCGCUUCUCAUCCCCGGGGGCCAAACGGCCCGCCUCCCCAUCCAGCGUGCCGCGUGCCACCUCCCCGGGCCCCGGGGCCCCCUUCAUUGCCCAGAGGAGGCCCCCAUCUCCUGCCUCGGCCAGGCAGGGCUCAUGCCAUCGCCCCCCCUCACCCACCACGGGGCGACAGCAGCCACCGUCCCCACAGCCGAGCUGCAGGGCCCCUCCGCUCCAGCGGCCCGCGCUCACCCCCACCGGCCCCCCCACUCUCCGUAAGCGGGAUGCCAAGCAGAAGGACGGCUCCCCAGUGCAGCUUCUCCCACCGUACUGCCAGGAUACACCAGGGGGCAGCAUAGCGCCUAACAGGACCAAAGACGAUUCGGGUGCGAAGCCCAUCGCGGGCUCCACCUCCGCUGAGGAGGCUGCCAAGAUCCUGUCGGAGAACCGCCGGCUGGCACGGGAGCAGAAGGAGAAGCAGGAGCAGCUUCGGAUCCAGAGAGAGGAGGAGGACCGGCUAAGGAAAGAGCAGGAGAGGCGUUUGGCGGAGGAGGAGAGGGCCCGGCGGCUGGAGGAGGAGAGGAUCCGUGCCGAGGAGAGGAAGGAGGAGGAGGAGGAGCAAGCCCGCCUGGCAGAGGAGCAGAGAGAGCAGCUGGAGACGGAGGAGCUGCAGAGGCGAGUGGAGGUGCAGAGGGAGCGUGAAGAGGCAGAUGCCCGAGCCACGGAGGAGGCAGAGAGACAGAGGCGAGAGAGAGAGAGGAUCCUGCAGAAGAACCAACAGGAGCGCAUGCAGAGGAGGAAGAGAAUCGAGGAAAUCAUGAGGAGGACACGCAAGGCAGACCAGAACGAUUGUAAGAGAGAGGAGAAAGGAAUGCUGGAUGAGAAUGAGGAAGAAGACCAUGAAGCCAAAGAAGAGGACCUGAAGGAGAUCAGGGAUGAAAGCGAAGUGACAGAUGUGGGGUGGGACUGGCCUGAGCAGAAGCCAGUGGCAUUGCAAGAGCUGUCUGUUGGUGUGACUAGGAAGGCUGACAACAAGGGCACAGUGUUCCAGCAAGAACCGAUGGCCAUUAGCCCAGCACCCAAGAUGCGGCAGAUGGAGGAGGGACCCAACAAUGGGUCACUGGCCACUCAGAAGUGCAGGGUGGGCUCCUGGAGCUUUGAGGAACUCAUUGAUAAGGGUGUGCAUCCCAAGACCUGGCCAGUAAUCGGGGGCGAUGUAUGCAAUGCCGAGGACCCCCCCGAGGACAGGGCUCUAAACCCGAGCCAUUCUGUCGAGGCUUUGUCUGAGCUGUGACUCCACGGCGCCCCCUGCAGGCCCAUGUUUCUUGCACUCCAGCACUCCUGCCUUCUGGUGCCACCUCUCUGCCGCCUCACCAGGACAGACGUACACAGAGGAGCGGAGGAGCAAAGCGGGAGCGGAGCGGAGGCACGGGGGUCGGCCAUUUUUCACCUCUUUAAGAAAACAACAUAAAAAAAAAAAACCUUCAGGGAAGAAAAAAAUUGUCCUGACUUUCGCCGUCGCUCGCGGUCACAUCCUAACAGAAAAUGGCUCUCGUUUUUAGCAUUAUUCUUGUUAUAAUACAUCAUUAUUAUUAUACAAAAACAACUUAAUCAAAUGGUUUCUCCAUUUAGGCUGAUGGUGUUUUCAGCAUAGACAUGCUUGAAGGAGGUUUCUCUGUGGCCUGGAGUCCUGUGACUUCUGGGGAUUGGAUGGGAUUGGUGUGGUGUUGGGUUACUGGGUCUCUGCUCUGAUUACAUCCUGCUACCAUGCUGAUAAACGUCUCUCUGUGUCAAUAUGCACUUUAUACAGGCAUUAUUUGAAAUUUAAGUCAUUUGUUAGGUUUGCAGUCAACAGUCCAGCAAUUGAAAAUUUUGACUUCUUGAUAAUGUGAAUAAAUUUGACUAGUAUUUCUGCAGGCUUUCAGGGAGCAGCCGAGGAUGGCAGCGGUGCCCACCUUAGUGCCCCCCCCCCCCCCCCACAGAAAUGUAAUGACGACAGUGUGCGGCUGGAAUACACCACCCAAGGUUCACGUUACCUUUUAGGACUGAGUGUCAUUCCUAUCGAUAUGAAAAAUCGUGUAAACAGCCGCGGGCCAAUAGGGAUUCGGGUGGCUCGGGGUGGGCGGGACCAUUUCCUCACGGGGAUGUCAGAGAUUGGCUGCUUCCUGUGUCUUACAGCUAAAUCUCAGAGCAGAAGCCUGAAGCAGCACAGUCAGCUUCUGAAGGUUCUUUACAUCCUGCCACUUUACACUGAUGUACCAUGGUAAAGUGGAAGGCGGCGUAAGUGAGAGACGACCCUUCGUAUGUUAUCUGUUUGGAAUCUUGUUUUGUCUUGAGAUAGCAGGAGGUGUGUUUUCACUGGUUUUAAAUCUUUAACCAGUUUAUAGGUUCAGCGUAAUUGAGCAACAGUAAUUGAGGACUGAUCCACGCACAGUCAUAGUAUCUGCACAGGCUCAACACUGUUUUACCACGUUAAUUUAUGAUGUCAUUUUUAUAGUUGGCCACAAGAGGGCAGCCCGUGUUCAGGUGUUUGCACGGUGAGAGAGCUCCGCGGUAGGAAAGGCCUGAGAAUCGCCAAAAGCACGUUUCACACUAAAGUGGCCAAAUACCACACAGGGGAUGUCAAUGCUGACUUUCACAAGUGGUUUGUGCCAUUUCACUAUGUACUAAAAACCUCUAGACGAGCUGAUUUUCUUACAGUGGUAAACCUUUUACGUUAAAUGAACUUUUCUCAUUAAUGUGUUAUGGGUGACUGUAUAUUGAAGUGUAUUUCACAUUUAUGGUGUUUUAUUUAAUCAGUGUUAGGCUGAAAAGUCAUUCAUGAAGAGAUGGGGUGAGCAGAUCUCUGGUGUCUCUGCCGGCUGGGGCCCGGCUUGCCGGCUGGGGCCCGGCUUGCCGGCUGGGGCCCGGCUUGCCGGCUGGGGCCCGGCUUGCCGGCUGGGGCCCCUGUUGCUCUGCGCUUGCUGGAAGCCCUCAUUGUAACCUGCAUGUCGCUGAGCGUUUCAGAAUCAUUUCAUAAGUCAUUCUGCUUUUAAUCUCCAGUGUCCCCUUACCUCCAGCGGCUAUACUGAGCAUGCUCACGCCUGGCAAAGAGGGGAUACGGGCCAUAAAUCCCACGCACACGCAGGCAGGUACAGGGUCACACUCAUCCCUCUGCCCAGCUGGUCCUUCAGGUUUUAGGUGGCUAACCCAGUGCCUGUGUGCAAACUUGCAUAGGACCAGAUUCCUGCUUGCCGGGCGUCUGCCAUUGAGUUAAUAUAUCCCUCGUUAUAUUCAGCAGGGAUGAUGACCCUUCCUGCUUACUAAUUAUGAAGCAUGAGUUGUUUAUGCCUGACUGUAAGCUGGCAGGUUUCGCCACACAUGUUAUCGUAACCUCUUUCUCUAAGUGCUACGCUGGACGGCCUCCAAACCUCAGACAGUCCCAUCCACCGCCGCUCUCUGCAAGUUAGCCUUUUCUAACCAGAUUGGCUCGACAGGAUGUUCCACUCAAAAUGCUAAGGAACCAGACCAACAGAGGAUCGGUAACUAAGCAGAGCCAAUGUGUGUGUCCCACUGGGGAGCCUGAGUAUGUCCCGCAUCCCGUUUGGGUUUGUCUGCUGAGGGCAGCGCCGCCGCUUGAUUGGACCUUCAGGUUUUCGUGCGUGAUGCAGAUCCGCAUGCAGUGAGGAGAGGCCACUGGCUGAUAAUUUAAUGUAAUGAUGUUCUGAUGACCCUGUACAGUAGAGACGUCCAGCUGUAUCUCUGUGUAUUUAACAGUGGAAUGGCAUCGUCAUCCCUGCCUGCUCUCAAACUUAACAUGCAGCGGCGCCUCCAUCUGGCUGGACACUGUAACUGCAUUGUAAAAACAUUAAUAUGCUCACCCAGGCUGGGAGACCCCGAAUUUGAAAGAAUGUUUAAAUCUGUGUGGGUGCAUCUGUAAAAAUAUGUCCACUGUACUGAUGAAAAAUGUAAAAAUGUCUGAAUAAAGGAAUGACACCUUCA